CUCUUUACUCCAGUAGCAGAACAGCGUGACUGAAACAGGCAACGGCGUAGAGGGGACGGGGCUUACAAGAAACCCGUUCGCCUAGCCAAACUGCCGUUCCAUUCGGAUAUUUAGCUAGGAGAGAUACAUCACCCUGAAGGGCUUGUACUAUCCCAAGCUAUUCGACAUGAUGUAUCAAGGCUUCACCGCUGACUACGAUGCGUCUUCCUCUCGCUGCAGCAGUGCUUCUCCGGCCGGGGACAGCCUCACUUACUAUCCUUCGCCGGCAGACUCCUUCUCCAGCAUGGGAUCGCCUGUCAACACACAGGACUUCUGCACGGACCUAACUGCUUCCAGUGCCACCUUCGUCCCCACGGUGACUGCUAUCUCCACCAGUCCAGACUUACAGUGGAUGGUCCAGCCCACCCUCAUCUCUUCAGUGGCCCCUUCUCAGAACCGUAGUCACCCGUACGGGCUCCCUGCCCCUCAACCUGCGGCCUAUGCCAGGGCUGGAGUCGUCAAAACGACAGGCAGCAGAGGGCAAAGCAUCGGCAGGCGGGGCAAAGUUGAGCAGCUGACGCCAGAAGAGGAGGAAAAACGAAGGAUCCGAAGGGAGAGGAACAAGAUGGCAGCUGCCAAAUGCCGCAACCGGAGGAGAGAACUCACGGAUACUUUGCAAGCGGAGACCGACCAGUUAGAAGAGGAGAAAUCGGUGCUGCAGACCGAAAUCGCGAACCUGCUGAAAGAGAAGGAGAAGCUGGAGUUCAUCCUGGCCGCCCACCGGCCCGCUUGUAAGAUCCCGGAGGAGCUCCAGUUUUCCGAGGACCUCGCCGUGUCCUCCUCGCUGGAUCUCUUAGCAGAGGCCCCUGCCGGGGCCCACUCCCCCGAGUCCGACGAGGCGGCCUUCGCCUUGCCUCUCCUGCAGGAGCCCGCCCGGGUCGAGGCGGCCAAGGAAAGCAGCGGCCUGGAGCUGAAGGCCGAGCCUUUCGACGACUUCUUCGCCCGCUCGGCUCGCGAGACGCCGCGCUCCGUGCCCGACAUGGACCUCUCCGGCUCCUCCUCCUCCUUCUAUACCGCGGACUGGGAGGCUCUGGGGGGCCCCGUGGGCAGCACGGAGCUGGAGCCCCUCUGCACCCCGGUGGUGACCUGCACGCCCUGCCCCAGCACCUACACCUCCUCCUUCGUCUUCACUUACCCGGAGACCGAGGCUUUCCCGAGCUGUGCCGCCGCGCACCGGAAGGGCAGCAGCAGCAACGAGCCUUCCUCCGAUUCGCUCAGCUCGCCCACUCUGCUGGCCUUGUGAAGGGCCUGGGAUCCCGGAGCAAUAACUACGGGGUUAGAGGCAUCAGCCCGGUGGAGACCGGGCCCACCAACCUCUUUCUUGCUGCUGCUGCUACUACUACUGCAUGGGGCCGUAGGCUGCAGAGGAGCCUCCCUCACCUUCCCGUGGAGCUCCCCAAAUUCCACCCCCUCCACAAGGCCUGGGGUAGACAGAAGCGCCGCCAUCCCGGCGUUUGGGAGGGCCAACCCGGCUGGAGUGAAAAGGACUUUGCCGGAGGGACUACUCCACAGACCUGCCACAGGGCCUGAUACCUCUUCCAGAGAUGUAGCAAACCGCAUGGAAUACGUCUUGUCCCCAUCUAUGAGAACUAGUAGUUUUGUAGCAUGUUCAACAUGGCUGGGUUGGUGAUUCCCUUCCUUCCCUCCUUACUAUCACUAGCAUUAACUAGUUAAGCUGUUGGUUUAAUGAUUGGAAUUUUAAUAUGGUGCUGGGUAUCCUUCAACUCGUAUCUAGUGCAGCUGAUUUAACAAUAACUACUGUGUUCCUGGCAAUAUCGUGUUUUGAUGACUUAGCAAUGAUCCAACUUAACUGCAGAAAAGAGACUAUUUUAUUUUCUGGUAGAUAAAUAAAUAGCUAUGUUGUUCAUGUA